AUGAGUGGUUUACAAAAGAAGAAAAGAGGUGGAAAGAGAACGCCGAAAGUUCAAACAGAAGAAGGAUCGUCUUCUCAACCUCAAAAAAAGCAAAAAAAGAAAGCUGUUGAAACUAUGUUGGUUGAUGAACCAGAAGAAGAUGAAACAGAAGUUAACGUUGAAGAAGAUCAAUUUCGUUUAUCUCCUGAAACUGAGCGUUUGAUGAAAGAUCUUGCUGACACUCUGGAAGCUGAGAAAGCAUCUGGUAAGGUGGCAGUUGAUGAUGAAGAGAAGAAUGAAUCAGGUUCAGAAGAUGAGGUUGAUGUUGAAGUCGAUAAAUGGAUCAAAGAAAACUACGAUCCAAGAGAUAGAGUGAAACAAAAGAAAAGAAAGAGGAGUACGGACGAUGAUGAUGAAACGUGUGUUUCAUCACCAGAAAAUGUUCAGGGUGUACAAACACCAUCUUUUGGAGAGGAUAUAACUCUUGAAAAGCUUGAUGAUUUUAGCUUUGUCAAUGAUGAUCUUGUAAAGAAGUUGCAAAAGAAGGUGGAUGAAGUGUCAAGUGAGAAAAAGAAGUUAGAGAAACGUGUAAAGUCUGUUGAAGCUGAAAAUUUAUCUUUGUUGAAAAAGGUUGAAGCCGAUCAAGCCGACAUUGAUAUUCUGAAAGUUCGAAUAGCAAAGUUGGAAGAAGAAAAGGCUCGAAGGAAUGAACAGAAUGAAUACUUCAAGUUGAAGAACAAAGAAUUAGAGGCCAAUAAUGCAAAGAAAGAACAUGAAGCGUAUAUGAUGAAGAAAGUGAUUGAAAAUUUGAUCGGUAAGACAACUGAACAGAGGUUUGAAGAAAUAGAGCUUGAAGAAGUAAGAGCUAGACAUAAAGCUGAAAUAGAAGCUGAAAUGAAAAACAAGGGAAAAGAUGUUCAAGUUGAAGGUGUUGCUCAAGUGUCUGAAAGGGCAAUUGUUCCAUCAAAAGUUCCUGAAACGUCUAUUCUUGAUCCUUGUCCGAUAUCUUCAGUAUCUGGUGAGAUUGACGAUGAUGAUGAAGAAGAUGAAGAAGAUGAUGAUGAUCUUCUGAAAGAUGAUGCAGAGGAUGUUUAUUUUGUUCACAAUGAUGAUGACGAUGAUGGCAAUGAUGAUGAUGAUCAAGGUACUUCGGGUAUAAAAGUCACAGAAGCGUCUCAAGAAGAGAAGUUUGAUGAAUAUCUUCAUGAUGAUGCUAAUGAAGAACCUGAGAAUGCAAGUGGAAAGGGGGAGCAUGAUGAUGCUGAGAAAGAUGAAGAAAAUGUUGAUCAUGUUACAAGAUUGAUUCUACAUCUUGAACACGAUGUAGAGGAAGGUGAAAUCUUGCAUACUUAUAAUAGAGCUGAGAUCAUCAAGAAGACGCAUAUUGAAGAUAAUGAUUUUAACUUUGAUUUUGAAGAAGAGUUGAAUCAGUUUGAUACCAAUCAGCAACCAGAAUAUCAGUAUAAGUACGUUGAAGAAGCUGAUAACUACGACAAAGUGGAAGUAGAAGAUUGGAGUGAUGAAGAUCAAUCUAAGAACGUUAAUGUUGAUACUUCUAGCUUUCCGACGCUUGCUGAAUUCUUCAGUCAAGCGAAUGAAGAUGAAUUGCGAAGAAAGGUUGCAGAAAGUGUAAAGAAUAAAAGUUUUCAUGAAAUGUCGAAAGAUGAACAACGCGAAGAAAGAAAGAAAGAAAGAAAUGGUUCAGGAAAGAUACAGAGAGAAAAUUCAAAAGACCACUGA